CAUAUCCCAUCAUGCACUGCAACUCAGCCCAGAAGAUGUCAAAAUGAAAUUCAAACGUCUGUGUGACCAAGCCCUCAGAGCCAGACUGUCAGGGUCCAUGGUUCAGGGUCCAUGGUUCAGGGUUCAGUGUCCAUGGUUCAGUGUCCAGUGUCCAUGGUCCAGUGUCCAUGGUUCAGUGUCCAUGGUUCAGCUCCCGCUCUGUUUAUCUUCAGACUACAGACUGAAUGGACGGGACUCCGCCCUCUCAAUGUUGGAGCAGGAGAUGUCGUCCAAUCACUUCCCUCGAUCCGAUGUGGUCAGGAUGAGGUCACGGUCGCCGAGCCAACCGCCUCCUCUCAGUGGUAACCCUCUGUACCCGUUGUACCGUGAGGAUGCUGUGCGUUUGCUGCGAGGCUCCAAACUGAGCCGAGCAUACUCUGAUGCCGGCCAGUACAGCAGCCUGGAAAGGAGGGCUCUGAGGAGAGCGUCCGUUGCCACCUCACUGGAUUUUGACGACAGGUAUUGCAACUGUAGUAGAAAUACUCACAGUAGUAGUACUUGUAGUAUUAGUAGUUGUCAUCACAUUCUCAUGUACAUGUGUGUUUUUCUGUGUGUAAGAUAUUUAAACGGUCCGAACCAAACUCUCUGGACAAAACGCAUGAUUAACGGAAGCUGUGAGGACUACAGUCAGGGCUUUAUUCCCGACUUCCCCUACGAACCUGACGCCUACGACGAGGAAACUCUCAGGUCGAACCCUCAAGGCGGAUCGACCCAGGCGAGUCCGACAGGAUCUCCGGUCUUUGGCCGUCAAGGACGCCAGCUGCCUUUCGUCCCACCCAAAGGAGCUUCAGACAGAAUUUUGACCACACCCACCACAGGAUCACCAAUUGGAACAGUUGCCCCUCCCCCUGUCCAUAAACAAGCCCUACCCCCUGCCAAUCAUCCACCGCCUCCUCUGAUACGAAUACAAGCCCCACAUCCUCCAGGAACCGCCCCCCCCCACACACCGGUAGUAGCACCAGCUCCGCCCCCAGCUCUGCUACAAGUCCAGGCCCCACCCCUAGCUCCUGGAACUCUACCCGUACCUGCUUCGACUCCAACACCAGUCCAAGCCCCGCCUCCAGCUCCUGUACCUCUACCAGUACCUGCUUCGACUCCAACACCUGCCCAAGCCCCUCCUCCAGCUCCUCUACCUGUACCUGCUGCGAAUCCAACACCUGCCCAAGCCCCGCCUCCAGCUCCUGGACCUCUACCUGUACCUGCUGCGACUCCUGUAGUCCAAUCACUGCCACCACCUGAACCUGCCCCUCCCCCACAGACUCCAGGUGAGUCCAUCACAGAUCCAGACCGACACCCAACGACACCUGGAGGGACCAGAAAAGAGGUCACAUGGGAGGACCAGCUGAACAAAACAGCCAAUGGUAUGGCACCAACUGUUAGCCACCCCCACCCCCAGACAGGUAGCUCCUCCCGCCUUAGUCAUGUGACAUAUUAGUGAUUAACGGGAGUAAUUAGUCUCAGUAAUCCGUUUAUCCUCGUUGCGUUAGUUGAUCCCUUCACCAAUUUAUCAUCUAUUCAUCCAUCAUUGUCCCACAUUAUAAACAAGAGUGUGGAUAUUUAAAGAAUAACAACAAUAUCAUUAAUAAAUAAACAGGAAGAAAAAUUCAACCAAACACCAGUCAGCAGCUGACAUUUGAAAGAAGCUAGUGAAGUAGCAGCCUUCCAUUCCUCGGCUGAGCUGUAACGUUAGCUCAGUGGGGCUACGUGAGCUAGCUCAGUGGGGCUACGUGAGCCAGCUCAGUGGGGCUACGUGAGCCAGCUCAGUGGUGCUACGUGAGCCAGCUCAGUGGUGCUACGUGAGCCAGCUCAGUGGUGCUACGUGAGCCGUCCACGGGUUCAUCCCUCGUUUCCUGGUUUGUGUGACUUGAAGUAUUUGUGAAUCGUUUCUUGUCUUUCUUUUGUGUUCCAUCCAUCCGUCCACUGUUGUAAUGUGAAGGGGAGGAGCUACCACUGAGCAGAGAAGGUAGAGAUUCUGUCUUCAGUAUUUAAACUUCAUGUCUCAGCUCAUGCUGUUAACAGAAGUAAGAUGUUUUACAUGUUGCUCUUUCUGGUGACAUCGUUACUCUGUUGAUGAAGAACAAGGUAAAAACUAGAAGACGCACUGCUGACAAACCUGGAAACUGAAAUGUAGAAGAGCAAGAGUUGGUUGUUGAACUGCAUUAAAAUAGUUCAUUACUAGAAAUGUUGGAAGCUAAACUGUUAGAGGAAGUUGAAGAUUAUUCGAAGAUGUUGUCUUAUUUACUGCAACUGUAGGAAAAUAUCAAAAGCUUAAAAUUGUAUCAAAUUACUAUCUAGGGUCUUUUAUUUUGAAAAUGCAGCUAUGUGUAGGCCCCCCCGAUAAGCUUCUGUUACCAUGGUGGGGCUUUUAUUUUGAAAAUGCAACCACGAGUGUCAGCUUCAGUUUUACCUGAAGACGCUGAAAGACGAAGCUGAAGGACUAGCUUGGAUGACUUUUAGUUGUCUCAUUGGUUCAUGCCCAAAAAAUACAAUGUGUUAGUUUUUAUGUUUGAAUGGCUUCUGUUGCUGAAAGUGGAGGAAGUUAUCAGUGAUGAUGUCAGACGAUCAUACUGUGACAUAACGCUAAACCAGAACUAUGACGUCAUCAGUGUGAUGUUAUAAACAAACUGUCCUCUUCUGUCAGUGCAGCUGUGACGAAGGAUCCAUCAAAGGUGAGAGCAGAGUGACAUCAGUAUUACAUCACUGAUGAUGUCAUACACCCGCUCACCUGUUGUCCUGUCCUCUGUGUCUCCAGAUGAGGGACAGUCUGUCUUUUAAGUCAUCAGACAGUGAUGUCAGCGAUGUGUCGGUCACUAGGAUCAGGUGAGACCAGCAACCAA